AUGUGGGGCUUUCUACAAGAUGCAGAAGUCUCUCUGGAUUCCAUCAACCGGGGACUGAUGCUACCCAUGAGCCGCGAGAACUGGGUCCUGAAAGAGGCCCCUUGCAUCAUCGGCAGCCCUGUGAAAAAUGACGACCGGGAAAGAACAGCAGUAGCUGCGCACUUCAUUGCCAACCGUGAAGCAUGUCAAGGGUCUUCUCGGCCGCAGUCGAGGCAAAGUUUAAGGCCCAGAUCAAGGCCAUCGUCUACACAAGGCUGUCGAAAGCCAAAGCGUACCGCCAGUCUUUCGGAACUGAAAGAGUCGGCUUCGAAUCGAGCAGCCACCUGGUUGCGGAACUAUGCCGCAUACGAGCAGAGCGAACUGCUACAGGUUGCGCUGACUCUCGAUGGCCAACGGAAUUCGUUGCAAAGGAUGUCCAGUGCCCCAGAGACCCUGCGGCCAUCAUCUGCCACAAAUCGUGGACACGAUCGUCGUGGAAAAGUAACAGGAGCAGGAACAAACGGUCUGCAGCGCAGGGAAUACGGUCGUCUUUUGCGAAAGCAAUGUCCAGGACUCCGAUGUGAUACAGGCGAAGAGCGCCUGGUGAGAAAAGAGGAACGCAGCGGUUGGCCAGCACCGUGGGCGGAUGCUGUCCCACCUUCGCCUGGUGAUGUUGGCGCUAGGUGCUCAGAUCGGAACCUGAAAAGGUUGAGAAAGCUUCUUCAAGAGGGUCCAUUGAAGCUGACGGACCUGCGGGAAGCACCUGAAAAGUUCUUCGCAGCGCACAGUGUCCUUUCGGAGUAUGCCACACAGGUGGGGCCUGGCUUCGGCAUUCGCUUCACAGUUCAGUUCAAUUUAUUUGCCGGCACACUCAUUGCACUUGGCAACAGCCAGCAGGUGGCAGCCCUCAGAGCCAUGCAGGCCAGCGGCAAGCUCGGGUGCUUUUGUCUCACUGAGAAGCUUGCAGGUGUCAAUAGUGGGCUUGUUGUCAACACCACCUGCACUUGGGAUGAGAGCAAGCAGAUGUUCCUCUUGGACUGUCCUGAUGCGGGUGCCUUCAAGAACUGGAUCUCCCAAGGUCUCUCUGCCGAUCUGGCAGUGGUCAUCGCAAACCUUAUCGUCAAAGGCAAGCCAAAGGGACCCCACGGUUUCUUGAUGAAGUUGAGGGAAAAUGGGCAGUUGGUGUCCGGCGUGACGGCCAAGGACAUGGGUGACAAGACCAUUGGCAACGAUUUGGACAAUGCUGAGAUCUCCUUCAGCAAGGUCUGGCUACCAAAGGAUGCCUUGCUUGAUAAGUACGCUGGAAUUCAAGAUGGAGAAUAUGUGCAGAAAGAGAAGGGUGUUAGCAACAUGGAUAUGAUCGGUCAACGCCUCUACACUGGAAGGACUGUGAUCGCAGGGUCCACCCUUGUCUUCGCGCGCUCCCUUUAUCGAUCUGCCAAGAACUAUGCAGACAACAAGAAGUGUUGGUCGCCUCAAGGUGGCAUGAGCUUGAGUUCGGUUCCUCAACUUGCACAUCUCUACGUGCAGACCGACAAGGACCAGUGUGGAGGAACUGACAUGGCUGAAAGUGCUGCUGAAAGCGGCGCAUUGAUCCCAGUCCCACGAAAAGAAGCUCCAGAGGGCAUCUCCCUCCAGCAGGACAGAAGUGCCGACCCCGAGGACGCCAGGCGUCCAGUGAGCCGAGCGGCUCGGGCACUUGAAGCAGGCAGUCAGCAACUGGGUGGUUCCUCUUCAUCUUCUGCACCUGCGCCAAUGCUGCCACUGAACACCCUUGUUGGGCAAACAUGGCCCUGGCCUCCAGUUCCAGUCCCACGGGAUCAAGCAGGGGAACGGCGUUUGCGAGCUAGAGAUGCAUUCAACAUGCAGGAACUGCUGUUUGGAGAUGCAUUGGCGCAGCGGGAUUUCAGUGAUCCCUCUGUAGAAGACGUUGGGCAGCUGCUGAGUGACGGAACGCCAACCUUAAGUGGCUGGGGACGUGGCAGUUUCAGAUCGCAGUUGAGGGACCUUCAGAGUUUGCUCAGAGAAGUCGAAGGUCGAGAAUGGGAGGACAGCGAAGUCACUUGGCUGCUUCGGCUUGCUUUACGAAAGCAGGAUGGUCCUGCGUUGCUUCGACCUUCUUGCUUGAGAUAUGCACUUCUUGCACGGCACGGGUUCCAGUCCUUGUCUUUUCCUGAGCUUCAGCUGCUUGCGCUGCUCAAAGUUCGCUCAGAGAAGAACAGUGGGGAUAGCAACAUCGUGCAGGGCGUUGAUCUGCGCGAGCUGAAGCGCUUGAUGGAGCAGCUAAAUGGGCAGAUUCGUGUGAUGGAUGAUGAGGUGGAUUCAGUGGUUCAAGAGGCUCUCUUACUGAGUGGCUCUGAAAUUAUCAGCCGUGGAGAUCUCAUGCGCGGUCUUGGAGCGUGGUAUGUCAACGUCCAGAGGAGAGACUCUCCACCAGAAGUAUUUUUGAAUGCUUGGGCAUCUGCGCUACUCUAUGGAAAGGAGUACCAUACGAUGCUGAUGGAAAAGCUCAGGCUGUCUCUCCCAUCUGUUCUUCGGAAUUUGAGGCGUCAGCGAAAGGUGGAGAUUAACGAUGCUGCGUUACUGUCAAGUCCGACCCAAAGAUGGAUGGAGCGCUGCUGGGGCUCUGGCCUUGUGGUGGCACUUCUCCUUGGGCUGGCUCUUCCGGGCUGCCUCUUUGCCUGGGCCAUCUACAUGGGGGCAGAGCAUGGUGAUGAUGCCUGUCCCCGGGAUCUGGAUGGUUUGUUGACAUGGUUUGGAAUCAUUGGCCUCGCGUUUCUCUUUGUAGGCUGUGCAGAUGCAAAUGCAGACCACAGCUCCUGGAUCGGCCUCGUGUUACGGAGCCUGUUACUACUUUUCCCUUGGGUUGGGGCAGACUGGGUUUUUCAUCUUCGAGCAGAGGAGCAGCGGAUGUGCGGUCCCACUUUGGUUUUUGCUUCGAUGUGGCUCUGGACGAUCCUUUUGAUCCUGGAGCUGCUGAGUGCUUGCGCUUUGUGCUGGGGCGCAGCGGUUUUUGCCGAACACGAGCUCUCCCUGCAGCACUUGGCAGUGCGAGGUAGCAUGGCAGUGACUGAAGACAACAGUCUUCGCAACGACAAGAUCCCUGACAGCAAACUGGUUGAGAUGGUGGCAGUUCUUAAGGUAAAGGCCAUCGAGACAUCGAUCUCAACCUGUUUUAAGCUGAAGCAAGAGCUAGGCAGUUAUGCUCUCAUGGGUGGAACUGGUUUUGAAAAGUUGGACUACUUGCAGUGCUGCAAGUUCGCCGAGGGUGACAGCCGCAUCCUGAUGCAGAAACUGACGCGAGACCGUCUGCAGGCGUUUGCCAAGUCGCCAAGUGGUGAGGGCAAAGAAGCUGAGGCUUGCAUGAAGCUGGGAAUGAGUUUGAAGAGUGGGGGCAAGCAAGCCUGGAACGACAACUUUGAAUUGGUUUAUGGCAUUGCGGACAUGGUCAUGGAGCGAAUUGUCAACGAGGUCCGAAUGGCAUCCAGCUGGGCUGGGCUGCCAGCAAGCUGGACGGGUCGUUGCAAAUUUGCAGCGGAGGUCUUAAGGUUCCAGGUAAGGGCUGUCGAGUGCGACAAGAGGUUUCAGUCCCAGCUCCUUGAGUCUUGGCGAAGGACAAACAAUUUGGAGGCAGCUUCAGAGCGUGUUCACCGUCGGCAGGUCUGUCAGUUCUUCGACUUUUUGAGGAAACCAGACGGAGACAUGAACAUGGAUAGCGGGGUGGUUCCUUACAUCGAGGAGGGCUUUGCCAGUGCUGAGUUUGUGGAGGGGGAGAUGGCCCGUGCUGCUCCAGAGAUUCAUGGGAAGGAUAUGCCAGCGGCUGGAGGGGAACUUUCGACCUCAAAGAAGACGGCAAUCCGUCAGGUACUGGUCCUUUACAGCCAGGUGGCAAGGCCACAAAACCCAGGAGUACAUCAAGAGGUGAUCUUCCGCGCAUCUUUUUGUCGUUUUAUUUUAGACAGUAACCUCGUCAGUAUAGAAGCGGAGGAUACCGAGCGUCCAACGUAUCACAAGUCGGUCAGACUCUUUGAUAACAUUUCCAAGUUUGGCUCUGGGGGGCUUGCGCGUUUUGCAAACAUCGAUCAUUGCGUUACACUCGUCAUCCAGCUGAUGAUGCAGAUCAACAUGCCGGCGGCACUGGCCUGGGAGCUCUUUGAAGAGGGCCUGCAGAAAGCUGAACGCACUGCGGAGGUGCUCGCACGCGAGACACAAAAGAAAGUGAAGGACUGCCAAGAGGCUUUGGCGAUGGACAUCACGGAGGAGGCCAUUUUGGAGCGGCGGAUGGACAUGUUUGGCAAGCACGGCUCGCCACCCCAACUGUUCCAGGGCCCUCUGGCAGUGUGGACCAGGGGGCUUCGCUUCUGGAUCAAUAACAUCACGGAUUCGUGCAUGCCAGAGAACACCGCUGACCGAAUCGAGCAAAUCGUGGCCCACAACCAGUACAUCCGGGAUGAAAUCGUCGAGCCUGGCUGCCUGUACAUCUUGAUGAAGUUCCAUGGACUCUUUGAGGAGUUGUUCAAUGCGUAUUGCUACGAGGAAAAGACUGCAGUCAAAGAGGAUGAGAACGGAAAGAUACGCAAUGAACCUGUCUCGCACAUGUCUUUCGCUGCAUUCUUCAGGUUCUGCUUGGACUUUUCUGUUUUUCCUUCUUUGGUCGCAUUUGAAGAGGCCUGGCAAGCGUACUGCAAAGCAGAUUGUGUGCAGCUGCUGGGCACAAAGGAGCGUCCUGUGAAAGUGAAGCAGUUCAAGAAAGCAGAGGCUCCAAGCAGAGUCUCAGCAAUUCUCGGGCUACGGAGCAUUGUCAACCGAAACAGAAAAGGCAAAGAGAGGGAAAGCAUUGAAUUCGACAAGAAGACAGAGACCAGUGCAAGCGAUCAGGAGGAAGAAGAAGAAGAGGAGCAGAGCAGUGAAACUGAAAGCUCUGAGGAUGAAGAGGAGGAGGAGAUGCUACAAAUCAUCGCACCAAGAGCUCGAGGUACCACAGGUGAAGUUAUUUCGGGAGAGUCUUCACGACAAGGCUCCAGAGCAGGUUCAGGUGAUGCAUCAACGCAACCACACAUGAGAUCUUCCGGACAUAAAAAUACUCUUCUACUUCCAGUGUCACCACAACGCCCGCGGCGUGGUGUGAACGAUGAAGAGGUGGCUGCGGCCCUCCGCAAUCAUCGCCGUCAGUCGAUAGGACCCGGUGAUUCUGAGGCGACGCAGGCACAGAUUGCUGUCCAGCAAAGUCCUGAGAAAAUGGAGGUGCAGCUUCCAGAAAUCCAGCCGGAGGCUGAAACCAAGCCAGUGCCUUCACCCAAAAGUGCUUCCAGAAGUCCCUCAGCCUCGGGUCCGGCAGGGGCCCGACAAUCUCCGCGAGGAAGCCCCCGAGGAAGCCCCCGAUUGGCAAGCAAAAAUGCUAAAGAGUCUAAGGAGUCUAAGGAGGGAGAGAAGGCGGAACAAGAUGAGAAUCACAUCAAGGUUCCCAGAAGAGCCUCCGCUGAACCUCGCCCAUCUACCGGGAACCGCUUCCUCAGUGUACUUGGCGCUUUGGACCCUAGCAAGGUGAAGGAUCUGGAUCUGGGUUCAGCUCGCGAGAAAGAGAAUGCACCCAAGAAGGUGCUUCCUCGAGUCAAGGUUACCGCCAGCUUCUCUUGGCUGCAGAAACCAUUUCGAGAGAUGACUGACAAGGAAUUGAAAGGCUAUUCCUUGCUGAUCUCCUUGGAUGAAUGCUGCAGAGACCAUUUUUUGAACGUCCGUGGACUCGUCCUCGUGGGGAAGAUCCAAAGAUCGCGACAGGGCUUUCUGAGCUACAUCGCUUUCAUGGAGCUUUUGAAAAAGUUUCGCAUCACCCAUGGCUUUGAGACCUCCUCGCAGUUGCAGGAGUUCAUGCAAGUCAUCGAUCCCUGCUCGGGCGGUCAGCUCGAUCCGGUGGAGUUGGAGAAAGCCAUCAAUGCUGUGCGAGAGGAUGAGGCUAGGAGACGUCCGAACGCUGAACCCAGAGGUGGACCAUGGUCGCAGACGCUUGGUGAGGAGGCUCGACGAUUGAGCUCGGAGCCACUAGAGGUCGAUUCAUCAGGCAACGAGGUGCCGGUGGCCUUCAACUUGCCUGCUUUUGUCGAAACUCUUCUGCUUCUAGGACACCUUCACAUGCAGGGCAGUGGGGCUUUCGUCAAGUGCUGUGCGGCAUCGGCUGCAAAAGCAACUUACGUGGUCAACUUUCUCCAUCACCAGCAUGAUCGCUUGGUGAAACUUCACAAUGAACAGCGUAAAAAAGCCACAAUGUCAGCCGCCGAGCAGGCUGCCACAGUGUUGGUGAGACCUCGGAGUCCUCCACCAGCGGCAGAGACCAAAAAGGAGGAUCCUUCAAAGCUGACUGGAUCGAUGCCAUUGAACAAGAUGGUGGGAGCUGCUCGCAAGGUGUUACGUGAUGCCAAAGAUACCAAAGAAGAACGGCUUCAUCAUCGCAAUGCUGUCGUCACGGCAGUGGUGGACGUAGUACCUACACAAGCGGCAGAGCUUCCCAAGUCGCCUGCGACGCAACAAUCUUCCAAGACAGAUGAAGGAGGGCCGCUCAUUCCUCCAUCACCCUCAAGUCGAGGUCAAAGAACGGAUUCAGCGAGAACAACAGCACAGCAGGAGCAUUGGCCAGACACCGCUGCCUACACAUCGGUUGCUGAUGUUUUGACCAAGAGCAAUCAGGACAUUUUCAAAAGGUGGAUGGAGGGCGAGGGAAAGUUGCCACAGUUGAGCCCAUGGUUCAGUGAUUCCAACAAGAUUUGCUCGAAGUGCAAGCGACAGAGAGAUUCGCAAGGCAUUGGCAACGUAUUUUGCCAUGUUUGCAGCUGUGUCGAUGCAAAGCCACUGAACGAGACCUUGUUGUACCCUGCCAUGGAUCGUGCUCGGCUGCGGCGGAAGAUGGGUUCCAAGGUGAUGGCAGUUGCAGUGGCAAGAACAUGUUUUUUUGAGACCUUUCAUGGACUUUGCGGGAGCCGCAUCCUGUGCUUAGAGUCAGGGAACAAGGCUUUGCAACGCCAUUUUUUCCUGGACAGAAGGCGGCGCGGCGCUUUGAUGUGCUUUGUGCAUCCCCAAUGCCGCAAUGGUUUCGUCGGUAUCUUUGCAAAGUCGAACAUUGUGGGUUCUUGUCAGGCUCUUCUGGCUCUUGGUGGAACUUGGCUGUUGCAUCGGCAAGGUCCACCGCGCCACGUGGCCCGCGCCAUCCCCGCCAGCGUCGUGGCCGUGGCCGUUGGGGGUGCGGUGCUCGUGGGGGCCGCCGUGACCGUCACCAGCUGCGCGAAGCCGCCCACGGAGCCCACGGGGCCGGAGCCCAUGACAGACGUGGAGGAACUCAACGCGAGGUCCGAGGAACUCCGUUCAAUGCUCCCGACCAGCUUGGAGGAAGCUCUAAAGGAUUUCGAGGGAGACUUCAGUGGUCCGUGGCGUGCUUUGGGGCUGGAGGCUUGUGAUCCCUCUGUCACAGAGGAUGACAUCCGCAUGGCCUAUCGCAAAGCAGUGCGACUGGAACAUCCAGACACGUCUGAAAAACCAGAUGCUGAGGAGCGCUUCCAGCGUAUCCGAAAGGCCUAUGCCUUGCUGAGUGACGAAGGGAGUCGAGAAUUGCUGCUGGAAGCAAUCGAACAAGAGGCAAGAGUGGAUUUGAUUCAGAGCUUCAAGCCAAGGAAGAAGGCUCCGGCCUUGGCAAAGAACGGCAAAGAGAAAUCAUCAUUCCCGUGGUGCCUCUUGCUGCUGGUGGCAGUACUUGCGGUGCUGUUCUUGGCAGUCGCGGUAGGCUUGUCCAGCCCAGACAUGCAGCUACGGCCUGUGCCAAAGGACAGGUCGUGGUCCUCUGGGCAUAAGUUGGAGCGACUUCCACAAAAAUGGCCGGUGAAUCGCGUCACAGAGCUGUGGCCAGUGCCCUUGGAGUGUCACCGUCGGUCACCGUCGGCGGGCGUCGGAUACUCCGCAGUGGUGCAACAAUUUGUGGAGCAGAUCAAGCAGUACACAGAGCAGUGGGAGAACAAAGACGAGAGCAACAACUUCGACCAGAGGCACGACUUGGAGCUGGCGAGGAAGUCCGUGUAUCCUAUCGUUGAGGCUGAAUUGCGCGCACUGGUGGACGACCAGAUGCGAGAGGAGUUGGCAAACCUCAAGAUUCUGUUUGAUGAGGUAAAGAAAGGUCGAAAGAAGCCUCCAAAACCAAAGAAACCGAAGAAGCCUAAGCCACCAAAGAAGUGGUGUGCGGCUGUCGGUAUGAUCACCAACCGUGAAGACUGCGUGCCAGACCUAGUGGAGCAGGGGAUUCUCAAGAAGGUCGGGCCUUCCAAACUGGAGGAUUUCCUAGGGGAGUACCACUUUUUGGGUGCAAUGCAACGCAGUCCUCAGUACACCUUCUGCCCCCCGCCUUCUGCUCAAAUGAUCAGGUCGCUCUUGGUUGAGCACUGCGUGCUGCCACUGGCGCAGACAGACAUUCGGCAGAAAGCGCCAAAAGGUCUAACAGCCAGGUCUUUGCUGCUCUAUGGGCCAAAAGGAAGUGGAAAGUCAAUGCUUGCAAGAGCCAUUGCAGCUGAGACAGGUGCCACUUUCUUCGAUUUGUCUCCAGCCGUGAUAGAAGGUAAAAGCACGCAGGGCAAGACAGGCUCUGCCUUGCUCGUGUACAAAGUCUUCAUCUGCGCGCAGGACAUGGCACCAUCCGUGAUCUACAUCGAUCAGGUCGACCAAGUGUUCCAGGCAACGAAGAAGAAGAAAGGUGCAGAUACCGGAACAGCACCCAGCAGGAUCAAGAAGGACCUGCAGGCCGCUAUCAAUCAGGUGAAGAGAUUCGACGAGGCCAAUGAGCAAGACCGGAUUCUCUUCAUCGGGUGCACCUCGAGGCCGUUUGCAGAUGGAGUAGAUAUUGCAGGUUUGAAGGAUUCUUUCGACGAGAAGGUGUGGGUGAGCUUCCCGGAAUACGGCAGCCGCGUGGUCCUUUGGCAACGCUUCAUGGAAGACCAUGGAGUUACAGUGGACCCAGUGAAGCUGAACAUCUCGACACUUGCAAGAGUCAGCGAGGGUUAUCCUGCAGGGUCAAUUAAACAGACAGUAGACCGAGUCCUAACAGCUCGACGAGUUCAGCAGCUGAAGAACCGGCCUCUUAAGGUCCAAGAGUUCAUUGGUCCACUAUCGAGAACGCCUUUCUGCUGGAAAGAAGAGCUCGAUCAGUUCCGAACCUUCGACCACUUCAUCACGGGCGAGAAGGCAGGAAGUUUGUGGAGGCAACUCUUACACAUUUUCCGAUCAGCCAUGAUCAGCCACAUCCCAGAAGCUCUUUUGCUUGCAAAGAACCGGCUCAAGGGCGUAGCUGCGAAAGGUGUGAGACCUUACACAAUGGCGCCCCGUGUCUCGGACGAGCUUCCACUGGCUUCGUUGCCCUUCAAACGGGCAGGCAAACAGAAGCGGAACGUCUUCAGCCGGCCAAACCAUGCCAGUUGCAGCUGGGUUGAGCCGAAGCGGCCGCAAAGCCCGGAGCUUAGUACUGGCUUGGCAGUGAUGCUUGGUCACAUGAUGUCACAUGUUCAUCAGACGGGCAAAGCAGUCCAAGCUUGGCUGGCAAUGAGGUUCAGCACGUCCGGUGACACCGCGCAGAAGUCCUAUGAGGAGAUUGACAACGCUCCAGAGGAGCGCUCCCGUGGUAUCACUAUCAAUGCCUCCCACAUUGAGUACGAGACUCCAAACAGGCACUACUGCCACGUGGACUGCCCUGGACACGCAGAUUAUGUCAAGAACAUGAUCACAGGAGCAUGCCAGAUGGAUGGAGGAAUUCUGGUGAUCUCUUCACCAGAUGGACCCAUGGCUCAGACUCGUGAGCACAUUCUUCUGUCGAAGCAGGUGGGUGUGCCAAAGCUUGUCUGCUUCAUGAACAAGGUUGACAUGAUGGAUGAUGAGGAGCUUCUGGAGCUGGUUGAGCUUGAAACCCGCGAGAUGUUGAGCCAAUAUGGCUUCCCUGGCGAUGACACCCCAUUCAUCCAAGGAUCUGCCUUGCAAGCCCUGGAAGCAAUGAAGAGCAAUCCAGGAACCAAGAAGGGUGAGGACAAGUGGGUUGACAAGAUCCUGGAGCUCAUGGAGACCGUGGAUGACUACAUUCCAACCCCAGAGCGUGACACCGACAAGCCAUUCCUUUUGGCUGUGGAGGACGUGUUCUCAAUCUCAGGACGAGGAACUGUGUGCACUGGCCGAGUUGAGCAGGGUAUUGUGAAGAAGGGUGACGAGGUGGAGAUUUUGGGCCGUGGCAAGAAACCUCAGAAGUCCGUGAUCACCGGCAUUCGAAUGUUCAACACAGAUCUCCCAGAAGGCCCAGCUGGCUACACGGUCGGCGUGCUGUGCCGUGGUAUCGAGAAGGAUGCAGUGUUCCGUGGUCAGGUGAUUUGCGCACCAGGUGCCACGACAACUCACACCAAGUUCAAGGCCAACAUUUACUUUGCAAAGAAGGACGAGGGUGGCCGAAACAACCCAGUGAUGCCUGGAUACAUGCCUGUCUUCUACUUCCGCACCUGCGAUGUGACCGGCAAGAUUGAGGGCAUGACCAGCUCUGAAGGAAGUGAGGUGCAGAUGGCCAUGCCAGGAGAUGACGUCACCUGCGAAUGCGAGCUCAUUGCCGCCACCCCCAUUGAGAAGGGCAUGCGCUUUGCCAUGCGUGAGGGUGGCAAGACCAUCGGCCAGGGUCUGAUCACGGAGACCAUGUAGGCCCUUGACCAAGAAAAGCACCCCGUAGCCGCGCAGGAUCUUAAUGUUGGACACUUGAGUCACAGUAGGCUUCCACCAGAUGCAGGCAUUCAAACAUGCUAUUUGUAUUUAUGCAUAUUUAUGUUGAGAAAUAUGAUCAACUUCAGCUGGAAUCAACACAGACCCACCAUUUCUUCUACACGCCCUUGCAUGUGCGGUGAUGAUUUUUUUUGCCUGGCUGCAGGCCAACACAGACAUAGGAAUGAUAUGGAAUGAUGCACUAUGAAGACGCAGCGUUUGUUCUGUUUCUUUCUGUCUGGCGUGGGUUCAAGAUCUAUUGGUGAUGGCGCUUGAAUUCUUUAAGCACGUUUCUUCAAGUCAAUUGUGAUUGUGACAAGGCAGUGUUGUCAAAACCCACGUUCAUUUGACAUCAGUUACUACAUGUUACUACCCUAGUUGAUUUUCCCCCAAGUCCGGAGGUAGAGGACAGGCCCAAACAGCUCGUCCUCGACCCUUCAGACCGGUCUGGGGACUUCUCCCAGUACCCAGCUCCUCUUCGAUUUUACUCAAAAUCAUCAGCUUAGCUCGAUGAGCAAGAAUGAGGGUUUAGGGGUGCUGGCAUAUGCAAAAGGCGAUUUUCUCGCAGCUCGGCUUUCGGCUGACAACAUUCUGCGAUAAGAAAAGGUCGCACGUCGCACUCUGUGGAUUUCUCCAAGCUCUUGAGUUGAUUUGCA